CCAGCGCCUCGUCAGGUCAAUUCCCGCUCUUCAACAAUUGAAAAUAGUUCACCCUGCCGCCCCAACCCAACAUCGUCUUUCUCUCUCCAAUAUCUCUACCCUAAUCCACCCUUUCUGAACAAAAAUAAAAAAAUAAAAAAAAAACCCAUCGAUUUCUUGGACCUCCAUGACUUCUUUGUCUACCCAUCACACCUAUAGCCGAAAGCAAAAAUCUCUCGGCCUCCUCUGCACCAAUUUUCUGAGUUUGUACAACAAAGAAGGUGUGCGCCUGGUCGGUCUCGAUGACGCAGCUUCGCGGUUAGGUGUAGAAAGACGUCGGAUCUACGACAUCGUUAAUGUUUUAGAGAGUGUCGGUGUGCUAACCAGAAAAGCUAAGAAUCAGUAUACUUGGAAAGGAUUUUGUGCAAUUCCUGCUGCCUUACAAGAACUUAAGGAUGAAGGUUUGAAGGAGAAUCCUGGAUCAUUUGAUGACUCCAAUGACAAUGCAAAAGUGUCUGAUGAUGAGGAGGAGGAAGAAGAAACAUUUCCUAAUAUUAACAUUGGGAGUCAGAGUGAGAAGGAAAAUCCUGAUUACACUGCUACUGUCAAAUCCUCCAAGAAUGAAAACAGAAGGGAAAAAUCUCUGGCAUUGCUUACUCAGAAUUUUGUCAAGCUUUUUGUCUGCUCUAAUUUUGAAAUGAUCUCCCUUGACGAAGCUGCAAAGUUGUUGCUUGGAAAUGCCAACAAUAGAACAAAAGUCAGACGUCUAUAUGAUAUUGCGAAUGUGUUAUCCUCCAUGAACCUAAUCGAGAAGACCCAUACAACAAACACAAGAAAACCAGCAUUCAGGUGGUUGGGUGUGAGGGGAAAAACAUGGGGUGGAUCAGUUGACUUGGCUCAAAAUUCAAAUGUCAAAGAGUCACGGAAAAGGAUGUUUGGAACUGACAUUGGAAACAUAAGUUUUAAAAGGAACAAAGUUGAUUUGUCCAUGGAUGGCCAGAAUUCUAAAAUGCAAAAUCAACACGAAAAUAUUAGUCCACGAGCUCAGUUAGAGAAAAUCAUCAUAAAAAAAGAUGCUAAGCAGACUUCAGAGAGCUAUCAGUUUGGCCCUUUUGCUCCAGCUUAUGUGCCCAAAGUUGGAACCUCUGAAAAUAAUAGUGUGAAAAAGGUGCAUGACUGGGACAGCCUCGCACAGGAGCAUCGUCCUCAAUAUCAAAACCAAGGUUAGAGGAGUCUUAACAAAGCAACUUCAGUUCAUCUAAAAAGGAAUGAUUUGUGAACUUGUCACUUGGGACAAUGAUAUGUUAAAAUGGAAUAAGUGAAACGUAGCAGUCUAAGAAGAUGAACUUGAGAAGCCAAAUCUACAACAAAAUGGAUGGAGCUUGUAUCUGUGGUAAAACCAAAGAUAGGGAGGAAAAUCCCUCGCUACUCCAUAGGAAUACUCUGAACAUGAUGUGAAAAAGAGGUCUAUUGGGAAGCUUCUGAAGAAUUGCUUUCUGAACAACUUGCUGAUGAAGCUCCAGAAAAAAAAAUAGCAUUCUGAAGUUCAGAACAAGGAUGCUUGUACCGAAGUAAUUAUUGAGGCACUGACUCAGCGUAGACUUUCUAAACAAAUUGAAGAAUCCAGCCCAUCACUAUCUUUGUAGAUAAUAACAGGAUUAACAAGGCAUUGAAGGCGCUUCUAAAGUUCUUCAGAUGGAAAUUGUAGACUGUUUUGAAGUUUAUAAUGAACAACAAAUGAAUGUACAUGCUGCUGAGGCUCGUGAUUAUAAUGUAAUUAUUUAAGGUUCAACCUUAGUUGGAGAAGAGAAAUUUCACUUUUA